GUUCGCUUGACGACCGCUGGGGGCCUGACGUGAAGCUGCUUCUUGCGCUCAGCUGUGCUCUCCCUGCCGGACUUCACGUACGCAGGGGGUGGCAGAAACGCUUUUUUCCUCGAGUGGGCGGCAGGGUUUCUAUCCGGAAAGGAGACGCUCGCUGUAUUCCAGGGAGCGUCGUCUCGCCGGUGGAAAAAAAAUGAACUCCAACGUGGCGUACAACGGAGCGCCGGGUACUGCGCAAGCCGGAGUGCGGGGCUACCAAGUGGGACCUGGACGAGAAUGACCCAGCAUGGACAAAGGCACUCUGAAUGCAGCUUUCAGCUGCUUAGAGGGCAUUUACACAAACCAGAAUGUGGGCAAACAUGUGAGCGCCUUGUUGCAAGCUAGUCGAGGCUCAGCCUCCCACUUUUUGCCUCCUUAUCCACUGUUCCCACCUCUUGCACCACCAUUGCCGACAACUGAUGACUGUGCCAAAAAAGCCCACCCGCCUCAUCAACAGCAACAGCUGCAGCAACCACAACAGCAACAGCAGCAACAGCAACAGCAACAUUCCAGAGUUCCCAGUUCGGGUACUUCAACAAAGUCUGAACGCAAGACAAAGCGUGAUCCAGGAGCAUCAGCUAGUGAUGGUUGGGUUCAAGGACAAGAAAAGUUCAGUUGGGAUGGCUCUCCGGUGGCUGCCUACAAUCCCGCUACAAAGAUGUUCCGCUGUGUUGCAUGCAACACAUUGGGAUUUCUCUCAAGAAUUGCCGAGCACUACUUGGGAACACAUGUCAAUGCCAAGCAGGUGUUCCAGUGUCCAGAGUGCCCAUAUAGCAGCGCUUGGUCAAGAUGUGUGCGACUGCAUUUGGGCAAGGUACAUGGCAUCCAGAACGCUCCAGCAUCACUGUGGCGUGACCAGCCCUUGCUCGAUGAAAUCAUGGGGCUGCUGCAGAAUCUGAAAAAUUUGGCCGAGUCUUCUGGAGGUGCAGGGCUCGCUGCAGCACCUGCCACUCCAGCUGUAGAUAAGCGCUAUGUCUGUCCUCGCUGCCCGUAUGCUACUGACCGUAGAGACCUAUACCACCGACAUGAGAACAUCCACAAGGAUGACAAGCCUUUCCACUGUUAUGUUUGUUUCAAGUUGUUCAACCGAGCCGACCACGUCAAGAAGCACUUUCUGCGCAUCCACAAGAACCACCCCUAUGAUAUUGGCCUGAUACGGCGCCAUCCGCCACGCUCAGCAACUCACACAAGCCAUGGUCCCUCUGCCAGUGGCCACCAUCACAGCAACAACGGCCAAUGGACACAUCCUGCUGGUGCAGCACGUCUUGCCCAGCCGUCCAACUGUGCUGGUCCAGCUGACUGUUCCAGGGCUUUGCCUGUGCCUACCAAUGGCUGUCCUGCAGGUGGUGCACAAGCCUGGGGCUUCCAUGCUGGCAAUGUGCCCGCUGUGUGCAGUGGCAGUGGCCCCAAGGCCAUGGGCUGCCCUGCUGCCCUGCCCCAAGAGACAACAGGAAAAGGAAAACGUGGGGGUUCGGGCAAAACAGCAGCUACUGCCACAAGCGGAACUGCAGCAGCCAAAACAUUUGCCUGUGCCUAUUGCCCCUGGCGUGGCGUAGAUGGCUGGUGCUUGCGGCGACAUCUUAACACGCACAUCAAGCCAUUUUCCUGCCCCUUUUGCGAGUACAAGGCAGCCCGGUCAGAGCGCCUGAACACGCAUGUGCUGAAGGUUCACGGGAAGCAUCUGUGCAACAAGUGCCACUUUGCGGGGGAGGACUCUAUUGCUCUGGAGCGCCAUGUCAAAGAGAACCACUUGAGCUCGAGCUUGAACGACAAGUCACGUAUGGGCUGCUCCCUGUAUCCACCGUUUCCUGUACGACCGCCACACCCACAGAUUUCGCAGCCAGUGGACAAGUGCAAAAUUGAGCCUUGUGGAUGUUCGGUGCCCAAUGGCACCAGUGCUUGCACUUCCAAUUCAAAACCACAGGUGGGACCAACUGAGCAGCGAGGGCUAGCAGACUGCGUGUCCCCGGGGCCUGCCCAUAGCCGGGAGAGUGGCUGCAGGGACAACCCCAACAACCUGGCCACAGUGUUCCCUUAUCGCUGCGUUGUGUGUGGAUUCUGCUCCUUUACUCAGGACACAAUGAUUGCACACAUGCGCCUCCAUUCGGGUCAGACACUUUGUUGCCGAGCCAUGGAUGCAUGCUGUCAAUACAGCACCCCUUUCGAGGAUGUGCUGCGUAAGCAUGUUUCCACAGAGCAUGGUGAUGACGAUGCAGUGGCGCGGUGCCCACACUGUGGGAUGCCAUGCAGUAGUGCCAAGGUGCUGACACGACAUGCAGCAGAAAGCCACCACAACCUGGCACUCAAGGGACGCUGUGCUGACUGUACAGUGACGCUUUUGCGCCAUUUUGGACUGGUGGCAGAAGCAGACACUGCUGUCAAGGUCUUAGCAGCACCCGUGCUGCAGGUUCAGCGAUUGAAGCAGUCUAGGAAGCAACCCAAACCUCGGAAAGUAGUUGUUUGUUGCUCUGAUCGCUGUGGAAAGUCCCAGCUAGGCUCAAUAGCUCCACGACAUCGGCGAAAACGUUGUACACCUUCGCGCAUACCUUUAGGAAAGUCCUCGCUGAGCCUGUCUUGUCACCACUGUAAAUUGGAAGGUGGAUUAAGGCGCAAAAAGGCAUUCAGGUGUCACAGUAGUUACCUGGUCCACAUGUACUGGUGCCACUUAAGGGAACGACAUCGAUGCUCCCGGUGUGGGUUGGGGUUUAGGCACGGCUACCAGUGUUAUCUUCACUCGAAAAAACAGCACAGCUAGCCAAGGCCUUUUUUCAGAUGUCUUUUGGUUGUUGUUGUUGUUGUUUCCACCGUGAUAGCAGGAUUUACAGUUAUCAAUAUUAUCCUGAGCCUAGGUACCUGUGUGAAGCACCCAGUGAAUUUGUUUAUCACACUGCGAUUGUGAUGACAAAAUAUAUUGUCCUGAUGAAAGUAAAUGGGAAGUUAUCUUGCAGACCUCUUGUUGUGUCUUCAAGCUAAAUGUGCGCUGACCUUGUUUUCCUCAUAUAUGUGUGGUUCCCCACAAUAGUGUGAGGUGCUUUGAACUAUAGCCAUAGUUCAAAGGUGGCUUUUUAAGCUGUGCUCAUUGUAACCUUGGAAACCAUGAACUGUAAGGUAAACAUGGGUUUUACUUGCAGAGUAAUUGCAGACCAUAUGUGUUCAUGUAGCACGUGAAUAUUUCUUGCGAGAAUUUUGUUUUUUUUACAUGUAACAUCUUGCAUGGAAUAUUAUAGCCAAGCUAGCUUCGCGUGAUGGACGGCAUUGUUAAGCGUGCUGUGCCUGAGUUACCUUUAUCAGUACAUAUUCUUUGAAGACAAUUCUAGUUGCAGAGCUCUAGCAUUUACUGCUUUGUUAUUUACAUUUGAAGUCAUUUGUGACAAAUUUGUUUUUAUUAGCACUUUUUAUAGGCAAGGUUACCACAAGGUUGUGUGCAAUUUUUCUUACAAGAAACGUGCUGUGGUAGAGAAAAUACUAGGUUGUUAUUGCGAGAUGUUGCUCUUAUUCAUAGAUUUAUGGACACUAAAACAGUGAUAUGUCAUAUGUUUUCUCAGCUGUACACAAACUGCCAUUGUACCAAUUUCUGAGGAUUGUCCAAACACUGAACAUUCUUGAACACCGUGCUCAUGUACAAAUUGUUAAAAUUUAGCUGAAAGGAAGGGGGUGUGAGAGUGCAAUUUAUUCUUGCUAUCUAUAUGUACAGACAGGGCAUAUAUAUGUAUAUACAAACAAGUCUGUGCGAUAUGCUAUUUCUAAUUAAUAUUUAAAGCUAUUUGUCAUAAGGAACUGCCUUUUUUGGCAUUGAGUAUCUUUGAAACUUCAUUUAUGAAGGUAGCCCAUUGGUGACAUUCCAUUUUCUUGCCAAUAAAUCUUCUAGAUAACCUGUUCUGUUGUCAAAAAAAGAAUUAUACAGUCUUAUAAUGACAAGAAAUUUCCAUGUAGCUGAGUAAUUUUCUAAAAUAAAACUGAACUGUAAGUAGCAUUAAAUUUCAGCAUAAGAUACACCAUGUGGUCUUGUGGUGCUACAAUUUUUGUUGGUUUGCAUGGUAGAAGAGCUGCAUAUUGGUGAGUUGGGAUGGGCAGUUUAGUUUCAUAGCAAGGUGUAUUUGUGUAUUCUGUGAUUAUGGAUUAUUGAAGUAAAUUUUAUAUUGAUUGAAACAUAUUGUGUUGGGCAUCCUACCUCGCAUUUGUGAUAUGGUAAUUCAGCUGUUGCUUAAUGCUUGCUGAUAAUAUAGUGUUAUUAUUCUUAUUAAGUUGGAGAUUGAAAGCAUUUGUGUUUUAAAGCUAAGAGUUUUUACU